AUGCACGAGAUCCAGACGGUAGCCAAGGAGUACAUAAAUGAUGAGGAAGUUAGCCGAGUUGUGGCUGCCAACAAACGGCAGUCCGAGAACGGGGAUAGGCCGAAGGAGCGGACCAGGGACGAGGCGCCAAGCAAAACGCCGAGGACGUUUCCCCGGGUCGGGAAAUUCACCAACUACACCCCACUCACGCUUCCCAUAGUAGAGGUAUACCAACAAAUAGCAGAGAAAGGAAUCCUGCCGAAGGCCCGACCACUCAAGGACCGCACUGGGGGGAACAAGAACCUCUAUUGCAACUACCACAAAGGAUACGGUCACCUAACGCAGGACUGUUUUGACCUAAAGGAUGCGCUAGAGCAAGCGAUAAGGGAAGGCAAACUAGCCGUGUUCUCCCACCUUAUCAGGGAGCCGAGGAGACGUUAUCGCGACGAAGAGGAAGAAGGCAAAACCCGUUCGGCAAAAUGGCGACCGGAGCCAGAAGGUGGAGAUCACGGCCUCACUGUGAUAAACGUAGUGACGGCCAAAAACGCUGCACCUAGAUCCAGGUCCGCAUACAAGAAGGAUGUAAAGAUACUGUCGAUCUCCUCCUCAUCGGUGCGAAACUCUAAAAAGCCUCCGCUCGUCUCCUUCGGCCCAGAAGACCAAUGGUUCGAUGACGCCCCGGAAAACCCUCCCAUGGUCAUUACGGCCCGAGUGGGAACCGGCCUCGUUAAGCGCAUCCUUGUGGAUACAGGGGCGGACUCGAACAUCAUGUUCCGGAAUGUAUUCGACGCGCUGGGUCUGAAGGACGCCGAUCUGACGACUCACCAACACGAGGUCAUUGGACUAGGGGAUCAUUUCAUUAAGCCAGACGGAGUGAUAUCCCUGCCAAUCUCAUUGGGGCAACCCCAGGGUCGGAGGUCGGCAAUGGCCGAGUUCGUGAUCCUUCGAGACUCGACCGCCUAUAACAUCAUCUUGGGGAGGAAGACGAUCAACGACUUCGAGGCCAUAAUUAACACAAAGCUACUGGUCAUGAAGUUCGUUACCGAUGACGGAUCUAUAGGGUCCGUAAGAGGAGACCUUGAGACGGCGGUCGCUUGCGACAAUGCCAGCCUCUCCUUAAGAAAGAAGUCCAAGGAGGCGUCCGGCGUGUUCCUGGCCGACCUGGAUGCCAGGGUAGACGAUAAACCCAGACCGGAAUCAAAAGGAGAUCUGGAGAAGUUCAUGUUCGGCGACUAA